AUGUCUGCUGUUCAAGAACAACCAGUUGCAAAGCAAACCAGAAAGACUGCUAGACCUCAAAAGUUGAGAUCGUCAUUGGUCCCAGGUACUGUUUUGAUCCUAUUGGCAGGUAGAUUCAGAGGUAAAAGGGUUGUUUACUUGAAAUCAUUAGAAGACAACACUCUCUUGGUCUCUGGUCCAUUCAAGGUUAACGGUGUCCCAUUGAGAAGAGUUAACGCAAGAUAUGUUAUUGCUACUUCCACUCAGCUCUCAUUAGAAUCUUUAGACUUAUCCAAAUACAAUGUUGCCUACUUUGCCAGAGAAAGAGUUUCUUCCAAGAAGUCCGAAAAGGACUUUUUCGGUGAAGGUGCUCCAAAGAAGGAAAUUAGAGCUGAAAGAAUUGAAGACCAAAAGGUUGUCGACAAAGCAUUAAUCUCAGAAAUUAAGAAAACUCCAUUAUUGAAGCAAUACCUUGCUUCUUCUUUCUCUUUGAAAACCGGUGACAAGCCUCACCUCAUGAAAUUUUAG